CAGUGUUGUAAAUAAAUCGAAAGUCUAAGCCCAAAUGGAAACUAUUUUAUUUUAUAAUUUAUCCAUCGAAGAUCCAAAUUUGCCAUCCAGGAAUCCCCCAAUUUCCAUGCGACGACGAAAUCACCAAAAAAGAAAAUAACACGAGAAAUCUGGAGAGAGAAACAAAGCCAGUGAAGAAUUCCAGGGGGGGGAGGGGAGAGUGUGUUACAAGCACACCAACACGAACACAGAGAGAGAGAGAGAAGGAGAGAGUGUUUAAUUUAAUUUGUUCGGGGUAAUGGCGGAGGGUGAAAAGGAGAAGAAAUCAAGCAGCAGCAAUAAUGAGGAGAGCGUGAAGCUAUUUGUAGGUCAAGUACCAAAGCACAUGACAGAAGAUGAGGUUCUGGCAAUGUUCAAAGAGUUCGCUUUGGUGGACGAAGUCAACAUCAUUAAAGACAAGACCACUCGCGCUUCCCGAGGUUGUUGUUUUCUAAUAUGUCCUUCCAGACAAGAAGCAGAUAAGGCUGUUAAUGCUUGUCAUAAUAAGAAAACGUUGCCCGGGGCAUCUAGUCCUUUGCAAGUGAAGUAUGCAGAUGGAGAGCUGGAAAGGCUAGAACACAAACUAUUUGUUGGUAUGCUUCCAAAAAAUGUUUCUGAAGCUGAAUUGUCCGAUUUAUUCUCUAAAUAUGGAAUUAUAAAGGACUUACAAAUACUAAGAGGUUCUCAACAAACAAGCAAAGGCUGUGCUUUUUUGAAGUAUGAGACAAAAGAACAAGCCCAUGCUGCCCUGGAGGACAUCAAUGGAAAACAUAAAAUGGAGGGUUCAAGUGUUCCUUUGGUUGUCAAAUGGGCAGAUACAGAAAAGGAAAGGCAGGCUCGGAGGGCCCAGAAAGCACAAUCUCAAGCUAUGCCCAAUACUGAUUCACAACAUCCAUCAUUAUUUGGUGCCUUGCCAAUGGGAUAUGCUCCCCCUUAUAAUGGAUAUGGAUACCAGGCUCCUGGAGCUUAUGAACUUGUGCCAUACCGUCUGCGUGGUGGGAUCAGACCUGACCUUUCACUCAAUAUUUCCCCUAGAAAUUAUGCUCCUGCUGGUUAUAUGGGCUCUGCUUAUCCUACGAUGCCAGGUCUUCAGUAUCCAAUUGCAUAUCCUGGAGCAAUAAUGAGUCACCGACCUUUGAGUAACUCUCCUGGUACAUUAUCACCCACAGUUCCGAGCUGUAAUUCUGCAACAUCUUCAGGUGCCAGUGGAAGUUCUGGGGGUCAAGUGGAAGGUCCACCUGGUGCUAAUUUAUUCAUAUAUCAUAUACCUCAAGAAUUCGGUGACCAAGAGCUUGCCAAUACUUUUCAAGCAUUUGGUCAGGUCUUAAGUGCCAAGGUCUUUGUUGAUAAAGCAACUUGUGUUAGCAAAUGUUUCGGAUUUGUGAGUUAUGACUCACCAGCUGCAGCUCAAAAUGCCAUUACCAUGAUGAAUGGAUGCCAAUUGGGUGGUAAGAUGUUGAAGGUUCAGCUUAAGAAAGACAAUAAACAGAGCAAACCUUAUUGAUCAGCAGAUGAGUCAAGGAAGCAAGCAGGAUUCUGUGGACAUGUAUUCAUGGGAUUGAAAUUCCCAAAACUUGUAAUUCACUGUGCAUUGUGUGCCGAUACAAUUUGUAAUUUGUGUACCAUGGAAGUUCAUUUAGAGAUUAAUUACCAAUUUAUUGAUUUUUCCCUGA